AUGGCAAAAGAUUUCAUGACAUCAGAUUACAGAUUAUCCUCUCAACUCGCCGACGUCCCCUUAGAAGAAAUUCUGUCCAAUUAUACGUCAGCUCGAAAAACACUGACUUCCUUUUCAAGCAAAAGAGCACAUCAACAAAUUACUCACACUGGAAAUAGCGAUCAUGCGCCGAGGACUAAGAAACCAAAAACAUCGCUCGUUGAGAGAAAGUUUGACAAACAUGCACCUACAGAGGAGCCGAUUUACUCGAAGCCUAAAUCUUAUAAAUAUGAGGCGACAAGGAAAGCGCAGAAACAGCAGAGUAAAGUAUCUUUGAGCCGUGAUCCAAGGUUCGAUGACCUCUCGGGAACCUUCAAUGAAGAGUUUUUUGAUGAGAAUUACAAAUUCCUCAGCGAAAUUAAAGAGCAAGAAUUAAAAGAGCUUCAAAAGCAGCAGAAAAAAGCGAAAACAGACGAUGAAAAACAGCACAUUUCUCGGCUUGUUCAGAAGUUUAAAGAGGAGAAAAGGUCGAGGAAUAAACGAGAAGUUACGAGAGAAAUUGUAUCGAAAAAUCUAGAUGAGCAAAUCGCGCAACUCGAAGAUGGGAAAAAGCCUUUCUAUCUAAAGAAAAACAAACUCAAAGAACUUGUAAAGGAAGCGCUUGUUAAAAAGGGAUUAGAAAGAGAGAGCAAAAAGAGACUGAAAAAUAGAGCCACCAAAUCUGCUCAGAAAUCACGCAAACAUUUUCCUGGAAGAAGAUAG